AGGGUGGCAGCGGCGCUCGCGGCGGAUUUCCUGCUGCUCUCCGGGUCCCUUCCCUGCUGCAGGCUUGAGUCCUCGUACCGUAUUUUCACCCAUUCUAUCGCUGGCCGCGGGGUGUCGCGCUUCCGCUGUUCCCCACCGGUAUUUUUUGGACCCUGUCACGUUUGCCCUCCCUAUCCUCUUUUUGCCCCCCUAGCCAGAAGUAGUGCCCCCGCCCAGGCUGCUGCACGGUGAGCGCACUCAGCAGGGAAGAUGCCGGCGGUGUCCAAAGGUGACGGGAUGCGGGGACUGGCCGUGUUCAUCUCCGACAUCAGGAACUGUAAAAGUAAAGAAGCUGAAAUUAAGAGAAUCAACAAGGAGUUGGCCAACAUACGGUCCAAGUUUAAGGGAGACAAAGCCCUGGACGGAUACAGUAAAAAGAAGUAUGUCUGCAAGCUCCUCUUCAUCUUCCUCCUGGGCCACGACAUCGACUUCGGACACAUGGAAGCCGUGAACUUACUGAGUUCCAACAAGUACACGGAGAAGCAGAUCGGCUACCUCUUCAUAUCCGUGCUGGUGAACUCCAACAGCGAACUCAUUCGCCUCAUCAACAACGCUAUCAAAAACGACCUGGCGAGCCGGAACCCGACCUUCAUGUGUCUGGCGCUGCACUGUAUCGCCAACGUGGGCAGCCGAGAAAUGGCCGAGGCCUUCGCGUCCGAGAUCCCGAGGAUACUAGUCGCCGGAGACACCAUGGACAGCGUGAAGCAGAGCGCCGCUCUCUGCCUGCUCCGACUCUACAAGACGUCCCCUGAUCUGGUGCCGAUGGGGGAAUGGACGUCCCGCGUGGUUCAUCUGCUUAACGAUCAGCACAUGGGAGUGGUGACGGCCGCUGUCAGUCUCAUCACCUGCCUCUGCAGGAAGAACCCCGAUGACUUCAAGACCUGCGUGUCGCUGGCGGUCUCCAGGCUGAGCCGGAUUGUCUCAUCAGCUUCCACAGACCUGCAGGAUUACACGUAUUAUUUCGUCCCCGCUCCUUGGCUCUCUGUGAAGCUUCUUCGUCUGCUCCAGUGCUACCCCCCUCCAGAGGACGCUGCUGUGAAGGGCCGGCUAGUCGAAUGUCUGGAGACCAUCUUAAACAAAGCCCAGGAGCCCCCGAAAUCAAAGAAGGUCCAACAUUCCAACGCUAAGAAUGCUAUUCUUUUUGAAGCGAUCAGCCUGAUUAUCCACUAUGACAGCGAACCGAACCUGCUGGUCAGAGCCUGCAACCAGCUCGGCCAGUUCCUGCAGCACCGCGAGACCAACCUGCGCUACCUGGCCCUGGAGAGCAUGUGCACGCUGGCCAGCUCCGAAUUCUCCCACGAGGCCGUGAAGACGCACAUUGAGACCGUCAUCAAUGCCCUAAAGACGGAGCGAGACGUCAGCGUGAGGCAGCGGGCCGCGGAUCUCCUUUACGCCAUGUGCGACCGGACCAACGCCAAGCAGAUCGUCUCGGAAAUGCUCAGCUACCUGGAAACGGCCGACUAUUCCAUACGAGAGGAGAUGGUUCUGAAAGUCGCCAUCUUGGCCGAGAAAUACGCCGUGGACUACAGCUGGUACGUAGACACCAUUCUGAAUCUGAUCCGCAUUGCCGGGGACUACGUAAGCGAAGAAGUCUGGUACCGGGUGAUCCAGAUCGUCAUCAACCGGGACGAUGUACAAGGUUACGCCGCGAAAACGGUCUUUGAGGCUUUGCAGGCCCCUGCGUGCCACGAAAACAUGGUGAAGGUGGGGGGCUACAUUUUGGGCGAGUUCGGCAACCUUAUCGCAGGAGACCCCAGGUCAAGCCCCUUGGUACAGUUCAACCUGCUUCAUUCCAAGUUCCAUUUGUGCAGCGUGUCCACCAGGGCGCUCCUCCUCUCGACCUACAUCAAGUUCAUUAACCUCUUUCCCGAGACCAAGACGACCAUCCAAGACGUUCUCCGCUCCGACAGCCAGAUCAGGAACGCGGACGUCGAGCUGCAGCAGAGGGCGGUGGAAUACCUGAAGCUCAGCUCCAUCGCCAGCACGGAUGUCCUGGCUACGGUCCUGGAGGAGAUGCCUCCGUUCCCUGAGCGCGAGUCCUCCAUCCUGGCCAAGUUGAAGAAGAAGAAGGGACCGGGGGCGGUCAGCGAGCUCGACGACACAAAGAAAGAUCAGAACGCUGAAGUCAACGGAGGGGUUGAGCCUACAGCCAGCUCCGCGUCCACACCUUCGCCGUCGGCGGACCUCCUCGGCCUGCGAAGCGCCCCCGUGACCGCGUCCGCCGCGCCCGGUUCCACUAACCUGCUGGUUGAUGUAUUUGACACCCCGCCUGCUUCCGUGUCUGUAGCCCCCGGUGCCGAGGAUCACUUCCUAAGCGACUUGGACCCGCCCCCUGAGAGUCCUGCUUCUCUAUUGGCCGAUGCAGCCCAGCCUUCAGAUUCUGGUUCCGCUGUCUCUGAGGAUCCUGCUUUGCCGAUCGCCGAGGCCGACGAACUCCUAAACAAGUUCGUCUGCAAGAACAACGGAGUCCUGUUUGAGAAUCAGCUUUUACAAAUCGGCGUCAAGUCAGAAUUCCGCCAGAACUUGGGACGGAUGUACUUGUUUUAUGGAAACAAAACGUCGGUGCAGUUCCAGAGCUUUACCCCGACUGUCUCCUGUCCGGAGGAUCUGCAGAAUCAGCUCAACAUCCAGACAAAGCCCGUCACUCCGGUCAUAGAAGGAGGUGCUCAGGUCCAGCAAAUGCUGAACAUUGAAUGCUUGGCCGACUUUGACGACUCCCCUCUCAUCAACAUUAAGUUCAGGUACGGAGGGACGUUACAAAAUAUCACCCUGAAGCUGCCCAUCACCAUGAACAAGUUCUUCCAGGCCACCGAGAUGCCGUCGCAGGACUUCUUCCAGCGCUGGAAGCAGCUCAGUCUCCCCCAGCAAGAGGCACAGAAGAUCUUCAAAGCCAACCACCCCAUGGACUCUGAAGUGACGAAAGCUAAGCUGCUGGGCUUCGGCUCGGCCCUGCUAGACAAGGUGGAUCCCAACCCAGAUAAUUAUGUCGGAGCCGGGAUCAUCCAGACCAAGUCUGUCCAAGUGGGCUGCCUGUUGCGCCUAGAACCAAACAUCCAAGCUCAGAUGUACCGGCUCACCCUGAGAACCAGCAAGGAAGCCGUUUCCAAACACUUGUGCGAGUUGUUAUCGAUGCAGUUUUAAGCCAACGAGGACGCGUCCGCCGACGGCAGGGAAGCAGCAAAAACACUAAACGGAGGGUUCAGCGUGCGUCGGGCAAACAUGCGCCUGCGUGUGUGAUGGGGUCCUGCAGAUCGUCUUAUUGUGUGUGAGUGUGAGUGUGAGUCUGUGUACGUGUUCACUAAAGACCGUGAGACUUUUUGGAAGAGACGGCAAACUAUUAAUAUUCUUAUCUUUUAAAA